AUGUCAGUGUUUGGGGGAAACUUCGUCUCGUUACUUUUCUUGGUUCACUUAGUCGGCAGCCGGGCUUUUCUACACGCCUCCUGCCCGCCUGGCUGGCUGAAAUGGCAGCAGUCUUGUUACAUCGUACUGCCGGACAAGAUGAAUUGGUUUGAGGCCUCGGAGGCUUGUAACCGGCCAGGAAGCAGCCUGAUUGUGCCCAACUCACGAGAGGAAAACGUCUUCAUCUUGGAGUCAUUGGUGAAAAGGGAUGGUGCUUUCUGGAUUAGAUGUACGGAUGCGGCUCAAGAUAGUGUCUGGCUGUGCGAUGGUCAACCUCCAGUAUACACCAACUGGCACAGUGGCUUUCCAAACACAGACAAGCGAGGUAACUGCGCCAGUUUAUAUGCCUACAACCGUUACAACGAAUGGCGAUGGGUCGAUAACAUAUCUUGCCUGAGAGAGCGAUUUGCUGCCUGUGAGAUGUUAGCCUCCUCGGUACCAGCCUACCACACCUUCACCGGUCCCGAUGGGCGUGUCCCCCAGCGAUGCCUCCUCCAUCACGACAUCAGGAAUCUGACGGUAGAGGGCGUGCUUGCCUGUGGCUGGGCGUGCCGGGCCGAACCCCGAUGCCGCUCCUUCAAUCUCUGGCAGAGCAGCAAGAGAGAAAAGAUGUGUCAGCUCAAUGACGUCACCGGUCUUGUGGCUGAUGACACAAUCUUCAAGAUAACCAACGACUGCUAUUUUUUUGACUUGUAA